AUGUCGAACAACCAAUCGCCCCGAAGCUCGUCGGUGACUGUGAGAUCCAUCCCGCUCAAUUCGACUAUACACCAUAAUGGCGCUAGCACGGGCGUAGAAGCCAACGACGAAGGCGAACAGCCCGUUUCGCGCCAUCCUUCGACUAUGGCCGGCACCGACGUCGAGUCCCAAACUGUCCGCCGCUACUCGGGCAGCGACCCGUACAAUCUUUCCCUGGCCUACAAGACGGAUGAGCAGCUCGACGAGAUUAAAGCCAAUACCUCUCGGAAGCGCGCGAGCGCUGCGACAAAGAGUAAAACCAGCAUUCUGAGAUGCGUCCCCGGCCGCGAUAAUUUGCACGCCCGCAAGGUCCAGACUUUCUACAAGACUCAAAAUGAAACUAUCCAACGGCUGCUUAAGACGGUUGAGGAGCAUCGUGCUGAGGCGAAGGAGACGCAGGGCGACGACCACUUGCGCCACCAGAUUGCUGUGUACGGAUCGUUUGCUGCGAACGUGAUUCUGUCGAUACUGCAGCUCUACGGCGCCAUCUCGUCGGGCUCUUUAUCGCUGUUCACUACCAUGGCCGACUCUGUCUUCGAUCCCCUCAGCAAUAUCACGUUAAUCCUUACACACCGAGCCGUCAAAAAAGUCGACCCCAGUCGGUUUCCCUCAGGGAAAGCUCGCCUCGAGACCGUCGGCAACACCGUCUUCUGCUUCCUCAUGACGGCUGUAUCCUUCAUUCUGAUCGCCUUUUCGGCGCAGGACCUCGCCGACACGAACAAGUCGGGCGUCAAUAACUUCCACCUGCCGUCCGUUAUCGCCGUCACCAUUGCCUUCGCCACCAAGUUCUUCCUUUUCCUCUACUGCUGGGGCUUGAAGGACAAGUACAGCCAGAUUGAUAUCCUGUGGCAGGAUCAUCGCAACGACCUUCUUAUCAACGGGUUUGGUAUCUUAACGUCGGUCGGCGGGUCCAAGCUCGUUUGGUGGCUUGACCCCAUGGGUGCCAUUAUCCUGUCUCUGCUCAUCUCUGCCAUUUGGCUGCGCACUGCUUUCCAUGAGUUCAUGCUACUCGUUGGUGUUGUUUCAAGCGUUGAAAUGCAGCAGCUCAUCACCUACGUUUGUCUAACUCACUCCCCCGCGAUCCUCGGCAUCGACACCGUCCGGGUGUAUCACUCGGGUCCCAGGCUGAUUGCUGAGGUGGAUGUUGUUAUGGACCCGGACAGCACGUUGAGGGAUACGCACGAUGUUGCUGAGGAGCUGCAAUUUAAGCUGGAGGAUUUGCCUGACGUGGAGAGGGCGUAUGUCCAUGUUGAUUACGAGACUACACAUAAGCCCGAACAUGCCUUCAAGAAGGAUAUCUAG